AUGGAGAAGUUCAUGUUUUUAGCAUUUCUUGAUCUUCUGUUAGCUUUCCUAUUGAUGUCUCAGCCCGCCAUUUGUUCCAGCAACUUCACUGAUCAAGAUGCUCUCCUCCACUUCAAAUCAGCGAUCGAAGUCGACCUGACGAACACGAUCAAACGCGGCAAUUGGACUGCCGAAGCAAAUUUCUGCGAAUGGAUCGGGGUCGUCUGCAGCAAGCGCAGGCAGAGAGUCACGGCUUUAGACCUCCGUGGCAUGGGUCUCCAGGGAAGACUGUCUCCUUACCUAGGCAAUCUAUCUUUCAUGGUUUCUCUUGAUCUUCGCAACAACAGUUUCUACGGCACGAUUCCGACGGAAAUCAGUCGUUUACGCCACCUGAAAGAACUCAUACUCCAAUCAAACCAGUUCGAAGGAAACAUUCCUCCUAACUUAGCCCAGUGCCGAAAUCUCGAAGUGAUGUCAGUUGUGGAUAACAGGCUAACGGGUGGCAUACCGAGAGAAUUCGGCGCCUUCCCUAAGUUGCAAGAACUGAUUCUUAGCCUCAACCCCUUACGGGGUCAAAUUCCGAGCUUCCUGGGCAACAUAUCCACAUUGCAGGGCAUUGGUCUGGCCAAGGCUAAUCUCACAGGUUCGAUUCCUCCGACACUUUUCAAUAGAUCGCUCACUAUUGUCGACUUCAUGUCUAAUGAUCUCUCGGGAAGUCUUCCCUCCGAUCUUUGCAUCCGCUGGCCUAACAUUCAGAGGCUUUUGCUGUCUGAUAACAAAUUCAGCGGCCUGCUACCAGAGACGCUCACCCAAUGCAAAGAGCUUCUCGUGUUAGCGUUGUCAUUGAAUCGUUUCCAGGGAAGCGUUCCUCGUGACAUAGACAGCUUGCAAAAGCUGCAGGAGCUCUAUCUCGGCACUAACAACUUGACCGGCACAAUUCCUCGAACCAUCGGUAACAUGUCAAGCUUGCAUAUCUUGACCUUAGGUCGUACCCACAUCGGAGGUGACAUUCCGCGGGAGAUAGGCAAUUUGGUCAAUCUGAAAGUAAUGAACCUUCAGUUUAGUAUGCUAACAGGCGAAGUUCCUCGAGAGGUUUUUAAUAUCUCUUCGCUCCAAGUGCUUGGUUUGACGUACAAUUCACUCUCUGGAAGCCUUCCCUCAGAUAGUGAUCGCCUUCCGAAUUUGGAAGAACUCUAUCUAGACAAUAAUAGCUUUGGUGGCAACAUACCGCAGUCUUUCUCGAAUCUUUCGAACCUAAUCCUUUUCGAUGCCGGGUUCAAUCAACUCAGCGGUCCACUACCCUUGAGCUUGGGCAACUUGAAGAAUCUCAGAGUCUUCUCGGUUGAGUCAAAUCAGCUAACAGGAGAGACUUAUGGUGCGGAGCUCGGUUUUCUCUCUGCUUUAUCUAAUUGCCAAUCGCUGCAAACAUUGGCUCUGGCAGGAAACCCGCUUGGUGGCUCCAUACCAGCAUCUAUCAAAAACUUCUCCAGUUCCCUACGUAUUAUGUUCGCUCCCAAUUGUCAAAUAAGAGGUUGCAUUCCCAAGGAAAUGGGUUUCUUGAAGAGCUUGACUUACCUAGACUUGAGCGAUAACGAUCUGGAUGGCAACCUCCCAUCGUCAAUCGGAGGACUAGAACGCUUGCAGAGGCUGUAUCUUGAUAACAACCGUCUUGAAGGACCGAUCCUCGAUGAGAUAUGCAACUUGACAAGUUUAGGAGAGUUAAUGCUCCGGCAGAAUAGGAUAUCGGGAUCCGUUCCAAAUUGCAUUGGAAACCUGAGCAGCCUUCAAAAGUUUCUCGUAAGUUCGAAUAACAUGACAUCGGUUAUACCGGUUAGCCUUUGGAGCCUUCAAGAACUUAUCUUCCUCAAUCUGUCAGUCAAUUCUUUCAAUGGAGGACUACCACUUGAAAUGGGAAAAAUGACAGCUAUAGAGAGCAUCGAUCUUUCUUGGAACCAGCUUACUGGCGCCAUACCGAAUUCCAUCCAGGAGUUGAAGAGCCUCGCCUCUCUCAACUUGUCAAGGAACUCGUUUCGAGGAUCAAUACCGCAAUCAAUUGGCGACCUUAAAGGAUUGGAUUUCCUCGAUCUCUCCUACAAUGAGUUAUCCGGCACGAUACCUGAGUCCAUGGAAGGACUAAAAUUUCUGCAAAACUUGAAUGUAAAGCGUCUGAACACUAUGAAAGAAGUUCCGGUUUCCGUGGAAAAUGCACCCCGAAUUGACCACCCGAUGAUAUCAUAUCGGGAGCUUUGCUCUGCUACUAACAACUUCGGUGAAAGCAAUUUGCUCGGAGCGGGAAGCUUUAGCUCUGUAUACAAAGGGACUACGGCCAAUGGGAUAGACAUCGCGGUCAAAGUACUGAAUCUCCAUAUCGAAGGCGCUGUGAAAAGUUUCGACGCGGAAUGUGAGGUCUUUCGCAAGGUUAGGCACCGGAAUCUCGCCAAGGUGAUCGGCACCUGCACGAACCCCGAUUCGAGAGCUGCGGUGCUGCAAUAUGUGCCCCACGGGAGCUUGGAGAGGUGGCUUUACUCCAACAACUAUAACUUGGGUCUCCAUCAGCGAGUGAAGAUAAUGGUCGACGUCGCAGUGGGGAUCGAAUAUCUCCACCAUGGCCAACCGGAACCCAUUGUGCACUGUGAUCUAAAGCCUAGCAAUGUUCUUCUAAACGAGGACCUGGUCGCCCAAGUUUGCGACUUUGGAAUCGCGAAGAUUUUGGCUGAGAACAAGCUUGAAACACGGACCCGAACUCUCGGCACGAUUGGUUACCUUGCUCCAGAGUAUGGUCCGGAAGGAAAAGUCUCGACAAAAGGAGAUGUUUACAGCUUUGGAAUAUUGCUGUUGGAAGUGAUUACUAAGAAGAAGCCAACCGAUGAAAUGUUCGAUGCGGAUAUGAGCUUGAGGCGAUGGGUAGGUGCAGCAAUUCCAGGCAGAGUGCUUGACAUCGCGGAUCGCGAACUCCUUAGCACGGAACAUGAAGAUCUGACGCUUUUGGAACUUGAGAGCAUAGUCUUAUCGAUCCUAGAGUUGGGACUGGAAUGUUCAAAGGACUUGCCUGAGGAAAGAAUGGACAUGGGAGCUGUCGUGGUUGAGCUCAACAAGAUCAAGUUGUCACUUCCUUGACAAGAAAAUAAGGUGAAGA